AUGAUCACGGCCACAAACCACCGCAGAAGCCGAGAGCAAACCCACGGCUCCUCUCCGGACGCAGACAAGAGGAUGUGGAGAGACCUGGAGAGCCUUCCAUGGGCCCUUAUCGCCUCAUCCCUGAGCGUCGGCAGCAGUUUGAAGUUUAACGCGAUGCGGGCCCAUGUCCUCCCCCUGCAGCAUCUUCCCCCCGCGGUCAGAGCCCUCACCUCUCCGGCCAUGGUGCGCCAUGUCUGCCCGCCUGCGCUCCCAGGUUUUCUCCUCUCUUUCCUCCUCCAGCAGCACCUCGGUCUACUUCCACGGCUCCGCGCUCUUUAA